UGUAUCCAAUAGCAACGGUGCGUCCGCAGCCUUGUCCGUAUAGGAACUGAGGCUAAAGGGACACGGUUCCCCUGAGGUGAACCCUGCCAACAGCUGCUAACAGACUUUUCAUAAUUCUGACGAAGUUUGCUUUGAUAAUUUAAUUUUAUAAAUGAUCCGUGCCCGUGUUUAGGUUUAAACAUUAAAAGUUUUACCACAGAAUGUAAAACAUGUAAAAUGGGCUGACAAUACACUUUCAAGUUCAAGUUGAAUGUGAGGGACUGAAGUCAUUCCUACAGGUGGUUAGAGGAAGUGUUAGAAUUUCACAGACAGAAGUUGGUGGAUUGCUCCUUUUGUAUCAUAUGCUGUCGGCCUAUAUUACUCUCUCCCUCCUCUGUGUGUGUGUGUGUGUGUGUGAGUGUGUGUGUGUGUGUGUGUGUGAGUGUGUGUGUGGGUGUGUGUGUUCAGUGUUUUUCCAGCCUCUGUGAACAGCUGACAGGAGAAGAAGGCCAGUUCCUCUAUUUAUAGCAGAGUCCCUCAGAGUCCCAGACCUGAUCUGUCACAGUCCUGCAGUGCUCCACAGCACCAGACCCACCUUCAGAACCUCACCAUGAGUGGCCGCCAGGCCCGGUGCAAGGCCAGAGAGCGCAACAACGUCCUGAACCGGCCUGAGUUCAUGUCGCUGAACCAGCCACCCCGCAGGGAGCAGGUGGUGGGGGAGGGUAGGAGCAGUGGUGGUCCAAGGAGAACCGUGUACAGACAGCAGAGUCAGCAGGAGGACGCAGGGCUGAGGGGGAGCAGGGACUCCUCAGAGGGGGGAGCAGCGGCAGACGGGGGUGUGAAGGAUGCGUCUCGCUGGCCAGAGCAGGACUGUAUGCAGCUCAACCCGUCAUUCCGUGGCAUCGCCAUCAACUCGCUGCUGGCCAUCGACAUCAGCCUGUCGAAGCGUCUGGGUGUGUGUGUGAGGCCCCAUGGCGCUGGGGCCCCAAUCCGCUCCAUGGUGUCCAUGCUGGCCUUAAGUGGACAUGCCCUACCCUGGCUCUGUGGGACACUGAUCUGUCUGUGGAGGAGCAACACGCUGGCUGGACAGGAAGUUCUUGUUAACCUUAUGCUGGCCCUGAUACUGGACCUGAUGACCAUCGCUGGGAUGCAGAAGUUGGUCAAACGCAGAGGACCUUGGGAUUUACCCCCGGGGUUUUUGGAUUACGUUGCCAUGGAUAUGUAUUCUUUUCCUGCAGCCCAUGCCAGCCGAGCCGUUAUGGUUUCCAAGUUCCUGCUAAAUCACCUGGUGCUGGCGGUGCCUCUCAGGAUCCUGCUGUACCUGUGGGCGUUGCUGGUCAGCAUGUCUCGGGUGCUGCUGGGUAAACAUCACCUGUCGGACGUCGCCUGUGGGUUCACUCUCGGUUUCCUGCACUUCGCUCUGGUGGAGUCUGUUUGGCUUGACUCUGCGACCUGUCAAACCCUCAUCUCCAUUGGCACCCUGCGCUGGACUCCUCUGGUUUAGAACCACUUUGAACUGGUUCAGAUUGGAGUAAGACUAACAUACGCUGUUCUAGUUGACUGGUUAUUGACUGGUCCUUUUGGAUUUUUUUGCCAGUCAUAUACUUAUAUUUAUUGGGACACUGUUCUAGACUCCUUGGGUUUAGACCAAUGUGGUUAAAACUGGUUUAGACUUGAUUGUGAUGCUGCUAUAGACUGUCAUAGUCCUGUCUGGAUUCAGUCCCCUGGCUGUCCACCUCUAAUGGCACAUAACACUGGAUUUCACUUCUUCUUAAUCUGGUUUAGACCAGUAUGAACUGGUCUGGAGUGGACUGGUCCUGCGGUGUUAAUUUCUAUACUUUUAGAUUUUUAGAUUCUUGCAGGGACCUGUUCAUAGAGUCUAGAACCUGAUCCACCUGGUUCAGGUUGUGGUUUGGUUGAUUUUGUUCUCUGGUGGAAUGUGUCAGUAGGAAGUGAGUUGUGUACAGUUUUCAUCAUUAACUGAAAACAAAACACUUGAAGUAACAGAUGACUCAACUCUUUAACCUGUUGCACUACAUGCAGUCACAAUGAGCUGCUGGUUUAAGCCAGGCUUAAUGUCUUAAGCAUUUCUUUAAAAAUGUAUUUUUACUAAAACUAGACUUUGUUUUUAAAAUUGAACAAAAAAAUAAGUUUAUUUAUUUUUGCUAAAUGUGAAAUCAAGUAAACAAACUGUGAAUAUUAAAAUAAUUGAAUCAGAACAUAAUCUGGAAUCAAUCAUGUAUAGAUUAUUUAUCAUUAUUACACAUUUUUAAAUAAAUCUCUGUUAUAAUUGUAUUAUUUUUUUCUCAGCUGCUUGACCUUGUCUUGUUUGUUCAGGUUUCAUAAAAGACAUAAAAGACUAUUUCUCAGGAUAAGAUGUUGAGGAAUAUGGGAGUUUUGGAUUCAGACCCUGGAAUUUUCAUGAAAUGAAGCCUAUAACACAUUUGGGGAAAUGGACUGGAUUUAAGUGGACAGUUGAUAUGUUGGUGAGGAAAGGAUGAAUAGGAGGUGAAAAUGAAAGUGUGAAACCCUGAUGAGUCCAGUCCAGUGUUUUCUGAUCGGCUGAAGAGAAACAGAACUGAAGGUGAUGAGUAAAAUAGUUUGUCAGAAAAGUUGAAACUAUGCAUUUGUUUUGUUGAACUGAUUAAAACAAUUUUGCCCAUUUA